GACUCUCUGGGGUAGCUAGCUGCAUACUGAGUAGCCACACAAGCCUCUUUGCCAUGUUGACAUUUCUGCUUUCAAGGAUUGAGCAAGCAGUAAACUGAAUUGUGACUCCGUCUGAACAACACCGUCGGCUGAGUGAGCCAACAACAUGAGGAUAUUAAGGUUUCUGAGGAGAAGCGUGUCCAUAGGAAAGGACAUAGACUAUUACUCCAAAUUCUCACCCUCCCCUCUGUCAAUGAAGCAGUUUCUGGAUUUUGGCUCUGAAAAUGCAUGUGAGAAAACGUCAUUCGCCUUCCUCAGGCAGGAGUUGCCUGUGAGGUUGGCAAACAUCAUGAAAGAGAUCAACUUAUUGCCAGACAACUUGCUAAGGACUCCAUCAGUCGGGUUGGUCCAGAGCUGGUAUAUGCAGAGUCUUCAGGAGAUCCUUGAGUUCAGAGACAAAAAUGCAGAUGAUGAGAAAGUCACAUAUGAUUUCACAGAUGCUGUGAUAAAAAUCAGAAAUCGACACAAUGAUGUCAUCCCCACUAUGGCUCAGGGGGUUGUGGAGUACAAAGAGACUUACGGCACAGACCCAGUCGUCAGCCAAAAUGUUCAGUAUUUUCUGGAUCGUUUCUACAUGAGCAGGAUAUCAAUCAGGAUGCUGCUCAACCAGCACACACUCCUCUUUGGCGGGAAGGUGAAGGUGAACCCAGCCCAUCCCAAACAGAUUGGCAGUAUUGAUCCAAACUGUCGUGUCAGUGAAGUUAUCAAAGAUGCUUAUGAAAAUGCACGAAAUCUUUGUGACCGGUACUACAUGAACUCUCCUGAGCUGAUACUGGAGGAAUUCAAUGUCAAAGAGCAGGGGAAGCCCAUCACUGUGGUCUACGUUCCAUCUCAUUUGUAUCACAUGGUGUUUGAACUCUUUAAGAACGCCAUGCGUGCCACCAUGGAGUUAUACGGCGAUGCCAUGGAGUAUCCUCCUAUCCACACACAGGUCGCUCUGGGAACUGAAGAUCUGACAGUCAAGGUGUGUGAUCGCGGAGGAGGCGUGCCGUUGCGGAAGAUCGACAGGCUGUUCACCUACACGUACUCCACGGCUCCUCGGCCCAGCAUCGACGGUUCACGUGCUGCUCCUCUGGCUGGCUACGGGUAUGGCUUGCCCAUCUCUCGACUAUAUGCGCGGUACUUUCAAGGGGACCUGAAGCUGUACUCUCUGGAGGGUUAUGGGACUGAUGCUGUGAUCUACAUUCGGGCACUCUCCACAGAGUCCAUCGAGAGGCUCCCUGUGUACAACAAGUCAGCAUGGAAACACUACAAGACGAUCCACGAGGCCGACGACUGGUGCGUCCCGAGUAAAGAGCCCAAGGACAUGACAACGUUUCGUAGUUUCUAAAUUCAAAUGACAAAAGUUUCUGUAGGAACGUGUGCAAGAGAGGUUGGUGUAAAUGAAUGGUUUGCGUGUGAGUUUGAUGGUAAUUAAUUAGUUCAGAGUUUUAUGUACAGAAUUUAAAUUGAAAGACUGACAGAACAAAGUUUUAGUGCCAUAUAUUUCACAUAGAACUAUAGUUUUUGGCAUGACAAAGAAACUCUCAAUUUAUAUUUAAAAAAAAAAAAGAAAAAACUUACUCCUACUGGUUCACAGCACUAAUCAGAACUGGGAGUAACCAGGACCAACUUUCUAAAGAAAGACACACCACUGCUGAAAGCAGAGAUGAAUUGAUUGGAUUUUUGAGGCCAGAACUGAUGUUGAUAUUUGAGUUUUUUAAAAAAUCUGGAUUUAUUGUAAUAUUGACUGACACUUUUAAAAUAAUGAACAUAUAAAAAAAAGCACAGUGUAGAAAUUGUCAGUGCUCUCUAGUGGACAAACUACAACACUGUUCUAAAGCUACAUAUGAACACAAAUAGUAAUAAUAAUAAUAAUAAUAUAUAUCUGUGAUAAGCUAAAUCUGUUUCUGUAAUUUGGGUCAACCCAUCAUUUACAGUAUGAACUGUACAACUUAACAGGUAGUUUAUACAGUUGGCUUUACUAGUUUACAGCUUGCUCCUUGUUUGGUUAGCUGCUUUUGUUCAUCUCCGGCGCUCAUUUCUCCUCCGUGUGAAGUUUGACACUUUGGAGGAAAAGGGAAAUUUGUUACACGCUUAUUUGCUGCUUGUUUUUAAAUCUGUUGGAAGUUUCUGCUGACAUGUCUUUUUUUCUUAAAAUGUUAAGGAAAUGGGUUUUUUUUUUCUUCAGUAUUGAUUUGCUAUUUGUAAAGGGCAAUUUGCACCAAUCUUCACUGUGUGUAACAUAAGGAAACUGAAUGACUGGAAUUCAGAAUUGCUGAAAGAAAAAUGAACAUACUGAUGAGCAAGAUAUUUCAUGUUCUUCUUAAAUUCUCAGUUAAUUUGCAAAUAUGAUGCUGGGAAUGUGAAACAAGAUGAAUCUUGUUUUUCCUCAUGAGAGGAAAUGUGUAAUGACAAAGUACAGUAUUUGGGUUUCUGUGCUUGUAUUAUUAGGACUCAUCCUGUUAGAUAAGCUAUAAUUCACAUUUUCCAUGUUACACAACAGUUAAACUGUAUAGGUCAUGUUCAGUGAAAAAUAAACACCUCAAACAGA